AUGCAAACUGAAAGUCUAGGAAUAACUAUAAUCAGAACUGAAGGCUACGCACACCCUUGCCUAGGGUGCUAUAUUUCAGUUAAUGGAAGACUUUGUGAUGUAAUUACUCCUUUAACGGAAGAAAAUGAAGCGAAUGCAGUCAUCAUCCCGACGAAAGGAAAUUUAAGACUAGCUGUUAAUACGAUGGGCAAGCCAGGAACAUUUUUGGGAUCAGUUAGUUGCUCUCUAGAUAUAGCUAAAACUCAAGGCUACUAUUGAUUGCCUCUUCUAGACCCAACACAAAAUGAUAAAAUUGACGAAAUCCCUAACUCCUCCUUCUACUUUUUUUAAAAAUUAACUUUACUUAUGACAAAAAGUUUUAGCAUAAAAAUUUUUUAUAUAAAAUAUUUUGAUAUGGGUGGAAAUUAUUAAUAUAAAAUUUCAACCUAAUUCUAUGAAUUUUUUAAACAGUUUAUAUAAAUUUUAUAAAUUAAUUUAUGUAUUUUUAUGAUCAAAAAUUAGAUUUUUUUUAAAAAAACAAGAAAAAAAAUUUUAGUAAAAAAAGGAGUAAAGAAAUCAGUAACCCAAAAAUUUUAAUAGCAAUUAAUCCCAGAACCAACGAUAAUACUUCAGAAAAAUUAUCUAAACUUGAGGAAACAAAUGACACAGAAAGAUGCUCAAAGUCAAAAUCUGAAAUCUUAUUUAAUGUAGGCGAUCAAAGCACCAUAAAAAUAGUUGACCAAGAUACCGAUAUGGAUAGUGACUAUAAUAUCGAAAUUGAAAAAAUUUCGAAAAAUUCUGAAAAUUUAUUCGGAUCAUCUGAAAUUGAGAGGUAUAAACUGCUGGCAAGACGGUAUAGCUUUUUUGCGCAUUUGCUAUGAAAGCGGUGUGAGUUGAAAUAGACGGCGAGGCCUAUUUCUAAGGCAGAACUGCUUGAAAGAAGUAAGGAACAAUGAAUUCAGUAUUUAAUAGGAGAAGACUAGCAAAUUUAGGGAUAAAUGCGAAAGAUUGCUUGCUGGAUUAUGCUAACUCCCCCCCUCCGUGAGUGAUCAAAACCAUUAGAAAAAUCCCUAUUUUUUGCCCAAAAAACCACCCUCCGUGAGUGAACAACAAUUUGAUAUAUGAGUGAUAAUUAGUAUAAUGAAAUCUCGAGUAAUUCUGUUUAAUUUUAAACAAAUUGCAUUUUAAAACAUAAAUUUUACAAAUUAAAUUAAUAUUUUGCUUUCCAAUUUUUAUAGAUGUAAGAUUUUUUUAAAUUUCGAAAAAAAAUAUUUUUUAUAAAAUUUAUAUAUAAUUUUUUUAAAAAAAAAAACCUCCUCUUGAGUAAACAAAAUUUUUUUGUUCACUCACGGAGGGGGGAGUAAGAUCGGUUUGAAGGAACUGCUUUCUUGUUCUCUUGAGGUCUUAUUUCUCAGGUAGAAGGGGGCCACGACAAAGGAAGACUACAUCUGCUUUUAUCUCAAAUCAAGUACUCCCUUCUUGAAAUCUCUAUGCGUAUUAUUUCCCAUUUUAGCAUCUGCUAUAUCUCAACUCAAUUCUUCUUAUGGGAUUCAAAAUCCAACAUCCUCUAUCGAAGUUCAAGAGAACAAGAAAGCAGUUCCUUCAAGCCGAUCUUAGCAAAAUCCAGCAAGUAAUCUUUCAUAUUUACCUUUUAAAAAGUUAAAUUUACUAGUUUUCUCCUAUUAAUUACUGAAUUCAUUUUUCCUUGUUUCUCUGCCUUAGAAUAGGCCUCAUCAUCUAUUUCAACUCCCAUCGCUUUCAAAGCAAAUGUACAUAAAAGGUAUAUUUUGAGCUAAAAUCUGAAUUAAAAUCAACUUUUAUUAAACUAGAAAAAUCUCAAGAAAAGCAGGCAGAGCUUGAAAAAGAACUAAAUUUAAAAAAAGAAAACGAAUCAAUUUUAACAGCCCAAAUACAAGAAAAAGACAGCAGCAUUUCUGCGUUAAAAUCUACAAUCAGCAACUUAAAAAUUUGCAAUCUAAGCCUAGAAAAUGACCAAAAAAAGCUGCAAGAUAAAUUAAAUAAGCACCAAAAUUCAAGGGCUUUAGAAAUUGAAAGCCUAAGAAGCGAAAACGAAAAUCUCAAAAAAAAACUUAACCAAUUUGAAACACGGACAGAUAAGUUACAAAAUGUUAUUCAUAACUUAAGUGCUGAUAUGAGCUUUAAUGACUCAAAAAUAAAUGAUGAAAAUGUGUUUAAAGACGAUUUCAAAGAAAAUAAAGGCAAAAAUACAUCAAAAAACAAAGAAAAAUGCUCAAGCCUCGACCACAGUGUGCUAAGUGAUAUUGAUAUUUCUUUAAAUAACAUUGUGAAAAAGCAUAAAUUAGAGUCAAGUUUCAUUAAAAAGCAAGAUCACGUUUAUUCUUAUGAAAAUAAAUCAGUUUAUAUCCUCCUUAGAAAUGGAUCAUUAUUUUUUAAAAGUGAUAAUGGCUACAAGCCGAUUGUAGAUCUUUUUGCGAAGCCUGGAAACCCAAGAUCAUUGAGCAAGGGUCAGUCAACUCCGAAAAUUCAGUUAGUUACAAAUAGUCCAUCAAAUAAACGUCAUAGAAGGUUUGGGUCAUCAAAUAUUAUACUGGAGAAGACCAAAGGAUUUGAUUUUGAUAGAACUAUUGAAACCCAGAGACAUCAGUCUUCAGAAAGAUGCCUUUUAGGUCAUGGAAAUGAAAAGGGAUCGAAAACUCCAAGAUCGGUUGCACCUUUAACUGAUAGGACAAAUAGAUUCAAAAAUGGAAAAGCUAUGCAUAAGGCCCCGUUUAAAUAA